UCAAAUCCUGGUCGUAGGCGAAGAGGUGGUGGAGGAAGAGGGCGUGGUGCUCGCGACCCUCUCCUCGCGCUGAGACCAUCUUCAGUCGCACCAUCGACCCAACCCUCAUCUGUCGACCCCUCGAGUGCCGACGUUUCAGGCACAGAGGCAACUAAUCCACGCAAUCAAGACGCGCGACGAGGAAGAGGUGGCGCAAGAGGGGGAAGAGGAGGUGCUCGAGGCGGCAGGGUGCGCGAAAACAGGACCGUCAACGGCAGAGCUUUUGGCGGCCAGCUCACCUCGGAUGGCGAACUGCAGCCCGAUGCUACUACCUUCGUCCCCGGACACCCCAUUCUUGCUCAAGGUGCUACCUCACAGCAGACACAACCUCGUUCGCAAAGACGCCGUCUGUCCAAAUCUACAGCUCCCGAUAUCGCCACACGCACUCAUCACGAUAUCGACAACGGCCACUACGAAUGUCCCAUCUGCACGAGUGAGGUUCUUCGCAACUCAAAAGUCUGGUCAUGUCACACUUGCUGGACUGUAUUCCACAUGUCCUGUGUCAAGAAGUGGUCCCAAAAUCAAGGAUCCGCCGCUGCUCAGCAACAAGGUCGAGAGAACGGCGAGAUUCCUCCCCCUCGCCAAUGGAGAUGUCCAGGCUGCAAUCUUCCGAAGGACACCCUGCCCAAAACAUACACGUGUUGGUGUGAGAAAGAAGUCGAACCACGUGCCGUCACUGGUCUACCGCCACACUCCUGCGGAAACACUUGUGGCAGAGAAAGAGUCCGCAAGUGCCCUCAUCCUUGUCAGUUGACCUGUCACGCUGGCCCUUGUCCGCCGUGUACCCACAUGGGUCCCACCCAGACCUGCUUCUGUGGCAAGCACGAGUCGACCCGUCGUUGUACCGACACCGACUACGAAAAUGGCUGGAGCUGUGGUGAAGUCUGUGGUGAUCUCAUGCCCUGUGGGGAGCACGAAUGUCCGAGACCUUGCCAUGAGGGUCUAUGUGGAGCUUGUGAAGUGCGCAUCGAUGCUCGUUGCUACUGUGGUCAGGUUGAGAAGGCCUUGCUUUGCGCCGACCGUGGCGACGAAGUCGCAAGCCAUAAAAAGCAUACCGCCGAGCACGGCCAGGACAUCGUCGAGGAAUGGACUGGCAUGUUUGCUUGCGCCAAUUCCUGUGAUCGUGCCUUCGAUUGCGGUAUUCACCACUGCCAGAAGUCUUGUCACUCGCAAGAGACUGACCCCGGCCACUGUCCUCGGUCUCCUGACGUUGUGACACACUGUCCAUGUGGCAAGACCAAGCUCUCGGAAAUUUCUCCUGAUGCUCGCACUUCUUGCUCAGAUCUCAUCACGAAUUGUAAGAAAGCAUGCAUGAAGAAGCUCUCCUGUGGACAUCAAUGCGAACAGUUGUGUCACUCUGGUGCUUGUAUGCCCUGUCUCAAGGCUGUUCCCAUCAACUGCCGCUGUGGCAGAACAACUUCGACUACCAUCUGUCACCAAGGCAGGAUUGAGUCUCCUCAGUGUAUGAGAGUCUGCAGAGCUACCCUCAACUGUGGCCGUCACGCCUGCGACGAGCGCUGUUGCGAAGGGGAGCGCAAGGCUGCCGAGCGUCAAGCCAUCAAGCGGAAGGGCCGCAAGCUUGAGGAAGCUCACAUUCGGCCUAUCGAUGACGGCUUUGAGGCUGAGCAUAUUUGUACUCGCCCCUGUGGUAGACUUCUCAAAUGUGGCAACCACUUUUGCGAAGAUCUCUGCCACAAGGGGCCCUGUGGAUCUUGCCGGGAGGCCAUCUUCGACGAAAUCAAUUGCAACUGUGGCCGCACCAUCCUGACACCACCUCUGCCUUGUGGCACUCAGCCUCCACCAUGUCGCUUCCAGUGCAAUCGUCCCAAGACAUGCGGUCAUCCUCAGGUCCAGCACAAUUGCCAUAUGGACAAUGAGAGCUGUCCCAGAUGCCCUUUCCUUGUCGAAAAGAGCUGUAUGUGUGGCAAGAAGAGUCUCAAGAACCAACAGUGCUGGCUGAAGGACGUCAGUUGUGGACAAAUCUGUGGCCGAAAGCUCAAGUGCGGCUCUCACUUCUGCACUAAGCCCUGUCAUCGCGAUGGCGAGUGUGAAGAUGCUGGGGGUCGACCUUGCCAACAGUCCUGUGGAAAGGCUAAAAAGGCUUGUGAUCACCCAGACGAAGCCAUUUGUCACGCUCCUACUGCUUGCAAAGAGGACAAGCCAUGCACCCACAAGAUCUUCAUCACUUGUGAGUGCCAGGCUCAGAAGCAGGAGAUGAGAUGUAACGCAUCUAAGACCAGCGAGGGUAACCUCACAAAGUCUCUGCCUUGCAACGAAGAGUGCGCCAGACUAGAGCGCAAUCGCAAGUUGGCACUCGCGCUCAACAUCGAUCAAGAGGCACAUGUUGAAGGUGGUGACCAUGUUCCCUUUUCCAAUGAGACUCUCAAUCUUUAUGCAGCUCACCCAACCUGGUCAACUAACCAAGAGCGCGAGUUCCGUGUGUUUGCAGCUGCGGAUGACGAGAAGAGAUUGAGAUUCAAGCCCAUGACAUCCACCCAGCGAGCCUUUAUCCACCACCUGGCCGAAGACUUUGGCAUGGAUUCAGAAAGCAUGGAUCCCGAACCUCAUCGUCACGUCGCCAUUUUCAAGACACCUCGCUUCGUCCGUUCGCCGCCAAAGACAUUGAAGGAGAGCGCGCGUAUCCGAAACGCUCAGCGUUUGGCUUCUGGAAAAGCAGUUGCUAGCAGUGAAGCGCCAGCCAAUCAAGUUCGUGCAAACGAAGUUGGAGAGCCUUUCAACAGCUACGUUAUCAUGCGACCGCGCUUUGGUCUUAUGAUUGAAGAGGUCAGAACAGAGCUGGCAUCUUUCGCUCUUCCUGUGCAAUUCGACGUUGAAUUUCUGCCCAACGAAGAAGUAAUUAUCAAGGCCAUUAGUCGUACUCUUGAUGAUCAGACACUGGACCAGACACUCAAGAACGCCAAAGCUCCGAUUGCUACUGCCAUUGCGGCAAAGAGCCUCGGUACGCUUCAGCUUUGUCGCACAGACUCUUCGCUCAACAUCAUACGCCGUGAGACAGAGAAUGGCGUCAGUGAUGGUUGGUCUCGUGUUGCUGCGAAAAGCGCAGCAUCUCGCCGACCUCUUGUCCAGACAGCAUCGUCGAACAGCAACUUGUUCUCCGCCCUUGCUGGUGGAAGCAAAGUCACUUUUGCCAAGAAGAAGAAGGAGAAAAAGCCUGUUGUUCCUGUAGAACCUGUUGUUGACGACUGGGAAGCGGCCGAGAUGGCCGAGGAA